CGACUGCGUGCUGACGCACAAAAAGCAAACUCCGAACGCCCACAAAAUGAUCUGAUCCAAAAAUCUUUCGACCAUGGCGUCUCAAUAUGAACGUCAAUCAGCAAUUCAUGACCUCAAGCCAGCUGGAUAUACCAGCGGUAUCAAUUUCACUGAAGAACCUGAUUCUGCACUGAUUUUGCAACGCCAACAAAUGCUCCGAUCUUACAAAUCUGGCAGGUGCCCACGAUUCAGGAAGCGACUAAAUGCUAUGUUCCAAAUGCGGCGCUAUUACAGAGCUGUGAUGGGCCUGACAGGAAUAGAAGCGAUUCUCGUGUUGAUACGUCUGAUACUUGAAACGGAGUCUUUACGUUUUCCUCCAGGUCACACACAGACUGCCUUGCAUAACACCUCCCUCGCCCUCUUGUGUAUCAGUCUGCCCACACUGCUACUCUUUGUGAUAGAACAACCAUUCAAAUGGUGGGCUUUUGGAUCUCAACGGUUUUGCAAGAGUGUUCUCCUAAUCCUGGACUCCGUUGUCUGCAUGAUCUGUCUGUCUCUAAACAUAUACAACAUCCACAGCAAUGUGAAUCGCCCGCAGGUUGAGUUGGCAUCAGCACGUCAGCUGGAAUUGUGUGGGGUGACACAUAUCACCGGUCCACCCGACACUGGAACAACAUUUGCCUUGGUCUCCGGCUUUGUCAUCGUCUACCGAUUAUGGUGUAUUUCAGGCUAUAUUCACAAAUCAAUCUUGAAAGCCACCCGGGACCUGGCACAAAAGCUGUUAGCCGCUCAGCACGCACGUGACGACGCGGAACUUCGUUUUGGUCAAUUGCAACUGCUGUUGCGUGAACAGCGACAGACCGCACGUACUCCGGCUCCGAAUUCCAGUAGUCUCAGCUCAAGCAAUCGAACUCCUGCGAAGCGACCUACACUGAACGGACGAAAUCAACAAGAAUCGGGACAACCUGUUUAGCUGUUGAAAAAAUAGCUUGAUUAAAACAAAGCUUACAUCAAAUUGUUCAAUCUUGUACAGUCGCUAAUGAAUUUUUCUUAAUUUUAUCUUACAAAGCAGUAGGGUUGUGCUUGAAGUUUCACUCCUGAAUAAAAUUCGGCAGUUUUCACUUCCAAACUCUUCAGUGUGCUAUCAGAAAUUUUCAUUUGAAAACAUGAAUUACGAAGUGUGAAACCUUCUCCACUGGCAGUUUUGGUUUCCAAUUUGAAGAACGAACAUCAGAGCCCAAGAAUUUGGUUUUUGCACAGUCAUAUCUCGCGGCGG